AUGGAGAAAUCAGCAUCAAAGAGCCUGUGCAUCUUCCCAGUGGUGGCCUGGCUGCUGCUUACCACGACAGUUCUCCUCAGCGCAACUAGUAUUCAAAGUGUCAAUGCCAGCGUUAGCUGGGAUUGGGACAAUUCCACGGUCGGCAGUACUGUUGUAGCCGACGACCAAGAAUUCCUUGUGGAUUCUCAGUUUGGCAAUGUUCUUGCUUCUGGAGGAAGUACUGUUUACCGCGCAUUAAACCGAAAGCCAAUUUGCAGUGCAAAUUUCUACGGGAAAUGCCUUCAGAAGGCUGGGGGUAAUACUCAAAUCAGGCCAUGCCUCUACAGCCAGCUGUGUCGCCACUAA